AAUAAAUCAGUCUGUAACCCCUAAAAUUCCUCGCCUCUCCUCGAGGAUACUCAUAAUUAAGCUCCCUUGCCCACGGCCACCUCCGCCGCCGCCGCCGCCGCCGCGCUGGAGCUCCAUCUCCUCGCCGCCGCUUCUUCUGCAUCUCCCUAGCUCACCAGAUUGUCGCUACUUCGAAAAGACGUUCGACUUCCUCGCCUUUCUGUUGCCCUCCGCUAAACAGGAAGCGCCUGCACAUAUCCUUCUUUAGCUUCCCAACAACAAAAAAUGGCAGAAGCAGAGGAGGAAAACAGAGAGGAAAUCGUCGCCGAGAAGAAGAGCAAAAGGAAUAGGAAGAAACAGAAGACGGAGAAUCCAUCCCAGAAGGAAGAAACCCAGGAGCGGAAGCAGAACGGCGAAGGGAAACCACAGCAGCAAAAUCAAGUCGCCGGCGGCGACCACCCUGCUCAAAACAACAACGGCGGCGGCAGCAGCAAGAAGAGGAAACAGAGAGAAGCAUUUCCAUUCGGAAACUACAGAAACUACUACGGAUACCGUAUUGGUCAGGAGGUGGAUGAAGAUCCGAGGCUUAAGGUCUUAAAGAGGGAGUGGUUUGAAGGGAAAGAUUGUCUCGACAUUGGCUGCAAUAGUGGCAUAAUCACCAUCCAUAUUGCCAAAAAGUAUAACUGCCGGAGCAUCCUUGGAGUAGAUAUAGACACUGCCCGUAUUUCUGAUGCAUAUUGGCACUUGAGAAAAUUUUCGAGAGAGCACUCUGGGAGCAGUAGUACAAAUGUAUCCAAGGAGGAAGUCAAAGAGAAAUUGAAAGCUUCCAAGCAAAUUGCACAUGUAGUACCAGGAGAUGGCGAGGAGAUCAAGAAAGAAGCAUCAUUUUCUGAGAAAACAAAUCUGUUUGAUGUUGUUUCCUUUCGACAAGAAAAUUUUGUUGACAGUCGGCACUCCCAUGAGAAGCAGUAUGAUACUAUUCUAUGUUUGAGUGUUGCAAAGUGGAUUCACCUGAACUGGGGAGAUGAUGGGUUGAUUACCCUAUUUUCUAAAGUGUGGAAACUUCUUGUCCCGGGUGGCACUUUUAUCUUGGAGCCGCAGCCUUGGGAUUCAUAUAAGAAGAACUAUCAAGUCUCCAAGGUAUUUGUUUUUUCUCUUCGAGUAAGCAAGAUCUUAGUAUACAGAACAGCAGCUGAAAAUUACAGAAACAUAAUGUUUCCCCCAGAGAGUUUCCGGGAAAUUUUGCUAGAUAAGAUCGGUUUCAGAUCCGUCGAGGACCUCACUGCAGGGUUGACAGGCAGUAAAACGGGAUUCAAUCGGCCGAUUUUCGCAUUCCACAAGUGACAAUCUAAGUGCCAUCUGGAUUUUGAUGAUAUGGGGUUUGGGGAGUCUUCUCCGGAAGCUACAUUUUGUUCAGCCCAUAUCGUUAUAGUUGACAGAAGCCUAUGAAGGUGGUGCUCUUAUUAUGUGAGCAUCACAGGAGCUCUUGCUCACACUAUCUCUCUUCAUAACCCCAUCUGUUGCACUUAGUUACAAGUGGAAGUUGGUCACUGCCAAUAUGUAAAUUGAAUUCAAAUGUCAAUGUGGAUCAUCACCGUGGUUUCUUAGACGGUUUUGGUAAUGAAAUUGGUCGCUAUUUCGGAUUAUUUUCUCCA